AAUUAUUUGUUUGCGUGUGCUUCGUUCGUAUUUCGCCGCACGACUUCUUUAGCUUUUUUCUACAUUAAAGAAAUCUUAGUAUAAGUACUUAAUUGUUAUCAUAAGAAUAAAGACAGAAUGCUGCACACACUACUAUUCAUUGCAUUGGCACUGAUUGGCUGUCUGCCCAGCAACAAUGCUGCCCAGACCAACUAUGUGACGUGUGGCUCCAUACUGAAAUUGCUCAAUUCGGACUAUUCGUUCCGUCUACACUCGCACGAUGUAAAGUAUGGAUCUGGAUCUGGACAGCAAUCUGUGACAGGCGUUGAACAGAAGGAGGAUGUUAACAGCCACUGGACGGUAAAGGCGCAAACCAACAAAAUGUGUGAGCGUGGUGAACCCAUUGCCUGUGGUACGACCAUAAGAUUAGAGCACUUGACCACCAAGAAGAACCUGCACUCGCAUCACUUCUCAUCUCCGCUAUCUGGCGAACAGGAAGUGUCUGCUUAUGGCGUCGAUGGUGUUGGUGAUACUGGUGACAAUUGGGAGGUCGUAUGCUCUAACGAAAGCUGGAUGCGCGAUGCUCAUGUGCGGCUGCGUCACGUUGAUACUGGCAUGUAUCUGGGUAUGUCGGGACGCUCCUAUGGCCGACCGAUUUCGGGACAAAUGGAAAUUGUGGGACUACACAGUCCGCAACAUGGCACACGUUGGACCACAUCCGAAGGCCUUUACAUUGUACCAAAGGAUAAGGAGUCAUCGCAUGAUGAAUACGCUCACACUGAGCUGUAGAGAGUUGCAGACUAUCAGGGAACACUUACUACUAUUAGUUGAAUAAAUUAUAAUUUAGCAGAAUU